CGGUCAGUUCGGUAACACAACACACUUUCGAGCCGCUGAUCCAGAGGAUUAUUGCCCGCUUCUUAUUGCUCGCGACGAGACGACGACGGUUUUCAAAGUGUCCCGACACCUGUUACGUGCUUUUUCCGUUUUCAUUUUUGGUUUUACGGUUUCCAAAAAGAAUGGCUUUGGAUUGGGGAUACGGACCAACGAAUGGGCCAAACACAUGGCCUCAAUGCUACCCAGAAGCUGCUGGUCAGAAACAGAGUCCCAUCGACAUCAAUCCCGUCGACCUGAAGACGCUCAACGCCAAUAAGAAGUUGGAAUGGAAAUACGUUCCAGAAAAUACAGACGACGUUAGCAAUCCUGGAUAUGGUUGGAAAGUUCACGUACAUGGACACGGCUCAGGUAAAUGUUAUAAAACAUUGUUAUUCGGAGAAGCUGCCCAGCAUCCUGACGGAUUAUGUGUUUUAGGCGUUUUCUUGAAACCAGGAAAGAAGCACGACGAGAUAGAGAAGGUCGUCGCACAAUUGGGAAAAAUCGAAUUCAAAGGCGAAAGUACCAAAAUAUUCGGUCCGCUGAAUCCGGCCUUGCUUCUUCCAGAGAAUAGUGGAUACUACACUUACCAAGGAUCUUUAACCACGCCGCCUUGUUCUGAAUGUGUCGUUUGGAUCGUUUUCAAGGAGCCGAUCGAAGUCUCCAACGAACAGCUGACAGCCUUCAGGAACUUGAAAUCUUACUGCAAAGAAGACAGCUGCCCCUGCGACGAAUUCAAAGGGUACGUCAAAAGCAACUUUCGACCAACUCUACCAGUGGGACAGAGAGAAGUCAAAGAAUGCAGACAAUGAUGGAGAAAAUAUGAACGAGAGCGAUAUACUUAUGAAACAGAUGCAGCUAGGAUAUCUAACCAGCCUUCAAGCAUGAGAUUAUUGGUUUACUGAGGAAAAUUGAGAACUAUGCAUACAUUCUUGGUUUUUGCAUCAACCUAGACAUGUAUUCUUCAUAAAUUGUUUUUUUUGUGGAAAUUUUAACCCAUUGAAAAA